AUGGCCUUCAUCUGUGAUAUCAAGGGAUUGUUCCAUCAAGUGAACGUAAAUGACGAGUACAGAAACCUUCUGAGGUUCCUGUGGUGGGACGAAGGCGACGUUGAAGGGCCAUUGGUCGAAUACCGUAUGACAGUACAUCUGUUUGGGGUGGCGUCCUCCCCUGGAUGCUCCAACUUUUCUCUAAAGACGACAGCGGAUGAUUUUAAAGAACAAUGUGGUAAUGAAGCUGCAGAAUUUGUACGUCAUGACUUCUACGUAGAUGACGGCCUGAAGUCUGUUUCAUCAGUAAAAGAAGCCAUCGACUUAAUAGAAAGCACUAAGACCCUUUGCAUAAAAGGGGGCUUCAAAUUGCACAAGUUUAUCUCAAAUCGGAGAGAGGUGAUAGAGGCUAUUCCAGUUGAACAACUAGCGAAAGAAAAUCAAGGAACUGGAUAUGACAAGGGACCUGCUGCCCAUCGAACAGCCUUGGGAGUACAGGGGUUCGUAGAGUCGGAUGAAUUACACUUCGGAGCGGAGCUUAAGGACCGACCUCUAACCAGGCGCGGAAUCCUGUCCACCGUCAGCUCGGUAUAUGACCCCCUCGGUUUAAGAUCACCAUUCCUGCUUCAGGGCAAGAGAAUUCUACAAGGAAUUUUGUAA